AUGGGUCAGGAUGAGCAUGAUGUUGAUGUUCCCCGGCAUCGUAGGCCUACCGCUUUUGCCCAUAGGCAACGGGUUCAGGUUGAUGUCACUGAGGAAGUGAUUGAGGAUAUUCCUAAUGUGACAGAGGAUGUUCCUCAUGUGGACGAGGACAUUCUGACUGCGGACGUAGAUGCUGCGGAUGUAGCUGCUGAUGGUGCUAAGGGGUCACCUACUGAUCAUGGCGAGGGAUUCCCUGGUGGGCCACGUGACACAUCGGUGCUGACAUCGUUUGCUGACCAUGUGGCAUAUAGUAUCUGGAGUGGCGAGGAACGACCUGAGUUGAAAUUGGUCUCCCACGGUAGGAAAGUUGAUAAAUUUGGGAGUCCAGCGCGUGAGAUUGAAGGCCUUGUUGCCAACACCGGAUUAAGUCCAUUGAUCAGGUGUUCUGUGGUCACCGACGAUCCUGGACUUAUAUCCGCAUUUGCGGAGAAGUGGCAUAGGGAGACCAGCACCUUCCACCUUCCAGUGGGGGAGUUGACGAUCACACUGGACGAUGUGGCGUGUCUCCUCCAUCUUCCUAUCGCAGGGGCAUUACGCAGGUUUGAGCCUCUAGGAGUGGACGAGGCAAUCUUGCUGUUGACGGAGCUUUUAGAGGUAUUCGGCAAGGAGGCUCGAGCUAAGUACGUACGUGCUCAUGGGGCUUACGUGCGACUGUAG